UGCUGGGUUGCCAGCAGAGGGGGCAGCAGCGCAGGGCUUUUCCGUCCCCUCGGCGCCGCGCGUGAGCCGCGGGCUGGGCACGCCCCCCCCCCGUCCCCUGUGGGAGACUCUCCCCAGUGACGCUGGGCUGCCGGAGGCGGCGGCGAGGCGCGCGGCUCGCUCAGUCCGGGACGGCCCGUUACAGUGAGCGCCGGCUGGAGUCCGGGCGCCCCCGCCCCCGCCUGCUGGGCCCUGGGCCGCCGCUGGAGGAAGCGGGAGCCGGACCCGAGGCGAGCUGCGCGGCGCCGAAGCGAGGAGGCGAACUCCACCCCCAGCCCCGGGCUGUCACCGGGCGCAGCGAGCUCCGGGCGGCGCCUCCGCUUCCAGCCGCGGCGUGAAAAAGCCCCGGCCGCGGGGGCCGGAGCGGCUGAACCACAAAGGGCUCUUUGUGCGGCGGCCGGCCGGGCGAAGGAGAAGCGGAGGGAGCCCCGCGGGCAGCAUGGUCCGCACCGGGGCGGCCAGGGGGGCACCAGCGCGGCGGCGGGGCGCGGCGAGCUCCCUGCUCGCCCUGCUGGCGGCUUCCUCGCUCCUGCCCCUCUAUGCAGCAGGUGAAAUGGAGAUACCAGAUUCCAAUGAUCCUCUGAGUCAAGUGGAUGGACAUGACAGGCAAAUUCCAACACCUAAAGGUUACUUUCUGACCUUUCUGGAACCAGUCAACAAUAUCACCAUAGUCCAGGGCCAGACAGCAAUUCUCCAUUGCAAGGUAGCAGGAAAUCCUUCCCCCAAUGUCAGAUGGUUAAAAAAUGAUGCACCAGUGGUUCAGGAGCCAAGAAGGAUCAUCAUAAGAAAAACAGAUUAUGGUUCACGGUUAAGAAUCCAAGAUCUCGACACUACUGACACUGGGUACUAUCAGUGUGUAGCUACUAAUGGAAUGAAGACAAUAACUGCAACAGGAGUUCUUUUUGUAAGGCUUGGUCCAACAAACAGCCCGAAUCAUAAUUUUCAAGAAGAUUACCAUGAAGAUGGGUUCUGUCAGCCUUACAGGGGAAUUGCAUGUGCACGAAUCAUUGGAAACAGGACCAUUUACGUGGACUCCCUCCAGAUGCAAGGAGAAAUUGAAAACCGAAUUACUGCCGCGUUUACGAUGAUUGGCACUUCUACCCAUUUAUCUGAUCAGUGCUCACAGUUUGCCAUCCCAUCAUUCUGUCACUUUGUGUUUCCACUGUGUGAUGAGCGCUCUCGGACCCCCAAGCCAAGGGAGCUGUGUCGGGAUGAAUGUGAAGUUCUGGAGAACGACCUCUGUAGGCAGGAAUAUAACAUUGCUAGGUCCAAUCCCCUCAUCCUGAUGCAACUACAACUGCCCAAGUGUGAGGACCUGCCACUGCCUGACACUCUGGAGGCUGCCAACUGCAUAAGAAUUGGGAUCCCUGUAGAACGGCUCAACAGAUAUCACCAGUGUUACAAUGGCUCUGGAGCUGAUUAUAGAGGGACCAUUAGUGUCACCAAAUCAGGCCACAAUUGUCAGCAUUGGAAUUCCCAGCAUCCUCAUAACCAUGAUCUGACAAGCACACAGUUUCCAGAGCUAGGAGGUGGACAUGCAUAUUGCCGAAAUCCUGGAAGUCAGAUGGAAGGUCCCUGGUGUUUUACACAGAAUAAAAACGUACGCAUGGAACUGUGUGAAGUACCGUCUUGUAGUCCACGUGACAACAGCAAAAUGGGGAUCCUCUACAUUCUGGUUCCUAGCAUAGCCAUCCCUUUGGUUAUUGCUUGCCUUUUCUUCUUGGUCUGCGUGUGUAGGAACAAACAAAAGGCAUCUGCUGCUACACCCCAACGUCGCCAGUUGAUGGCAUCUCCUAGCCAGGACAUGGAAAUGCCACUUAUUAAUCAGCACAAACAGACUAAACUUAAAGAGAUCAAUCUAUCUACUGUGAGGUUUAUGGAAGAGCUAGGGGAAGAAAGGUUUGGAAAAGUCUAUAAGGGGCAUCUGUUUGGUACAACGCCUGGUGAACAGACACAAGCUAUUGCCAUCAAAACACUCAAAGACAAAGCAGAAUUGGCUCUUCGGGAAGAAUUUAAACACGAAGCAAUGAUGAGAUCACGUUUACAGCACCCAAAUAUUGUCUGCUUGCUGGGAAUAGUGACAAAAGAACAGCCCAUCAGCAUGAUAUUUAGUUAUUGUUCCCACAGUGAUCUCCAUGAGUUUUUAGUUAUGAGAUCUCCCCAUUCUGAUGUUGGCAGCACUGAUGAUGACAAGACAGUAAAAUCAGCUCUGGAACCAGCAGAUUUUUUUCACAUUGUGACUCAGGUAGCUGCGGGAAUGGAAUACCUCUCAAGUCAUCAUAUCGUUCACAAGGACUUAGCCACCAGAAAUGUAUUGGUAUUUGAUAAGCUUAAUGUGAAAAUAUCUGAUUUAGGCCUUUUCCGAGAAGUUUACUCUGCUGAUUACUUUAAACUCAUGGGAAAUUCCCUUCUUCCUAUCCGAUGGAUGUCCCCUGAGGCUAUCAUGUACGGCAAAUUUUCUGUUGAUUCAGAUAUUUGGUCCUAUGGAGUUGUGCUGUGGGAAAUUUUCAGCUAUGGCCUGCAGCCUUACUGUGGUUAUUCUAACCAGGAUGUCAUUGAAAUGAUAAGGAAUCGACAGGUUUUGCCAUGUCCAGACGACUGCCCCACAUGGAUAUACACUUUGAUGUUGGAAUGUUGGAAUGAAUUCCCCAACAGAAGACCAAGAUUUAAAGAUAUUCACAAUAGACUAAGAACAUGGGGAAACAUUUCUAAUUACAACAGCUCAGCACAAACCUCUGGGGCAAGCAACACCACACAAACAAGUUCUCUCAGCACAAGCCCCGUUAGUAAUAUCAGCAAUGCUAGGUACGUUGGACCAAAGCAGAAAACUCAAGCUUUCCCUCAACCACAGUUCAUACAAAUGAAAGGGCAGAUCAGACCAAUGGUCCCACCUCCUCAGCUCUACAUUCCUGUCAAUGGUUAUCAACCAAUGCCAGCGUAUGGUGCCUACUUGCCAAAUUUUUACCCUGUCCAAAUCCCAAUGCAAAUGGCUCCACAGCAAAUUCCUCCACAGAUGAUUCCAAAACCAGGCUCCCAUCACAGUGGGAGUGGUUCUACCAGCACAGGCUAUGUAACAACAGCACCCUCCAAUGCAUCUGUGGCCGACAGGGCUGCUCUGCUCUCAGAGGGUACAGAUGAUACACAUAAUGGAGCAGAAGAUAUAGCCCAAAAACCUGUCCAGGAAGAGGAGGAGGAGGAGGGUUCUGUACCAGAAACAGAAUUACUAGGGGAUAAUGACACUCUUCAGAUGGAUGAAGCAGAGAUUCAAUCCGAAGCCUAAUGAAAUUGGACUCACUACUAAGAGAAAGUUUCACAUCACUUCAGUGCAGUUGGAGACUGUAGUCCCUUUGACUUAAGAUCAGUCAUUUUGAUCUGACUUUUUAGCCACAACUGACCAAACUUAAAAAUAAAAUCAAAUAAAAUCAGUAAUGAUAUACCAAGUUUAUUGAUCAUUGCAAAAAUCUGAUGGCAACAAACAUGAUGGUAUAGAAUUGCUGUUUCUAAUUUUUUUGACUACCGUUCUUGAGAGGCUGCUUUACUAUAAUGUACUGUUGCUGUGCAACAUAUUGCGGAGUAGCAUUGCAAAUCAUGUAUAUCAUGAUCUGUGAUCGUAAUUUUAAUGAAUUAUUCUUAAGUCAAUAACAGAAAAAGGAAUCAAACUACAGUAGCACGCAGGAUUGCUCUGAGUGUGAAGAAGUGCCCUGGAUGUGAUGGAUAGCUUAGCAUAUAGUAUUUAUCUCUUUGAUAUAAUGGACAAGAGAUUGUAUGUUUAUUUUUUAAAUCUGAAAAAAAAAGUUAAGAAUAUUGUUCCAUGUUUGUAUUACAAUAGGCAGAAAAUUAGGGAAAUGGGACAUAACGUGAGAAAAGAGAGAAUGUCUUUCUUACAUUGCUCCCAGGGACUAUGGCAGAGACUUCCAAUGAGAUCAGUUGAUUUCCUCUGUGAAUGAGUUCCUUCACUGCUGCAUAUUUUUAGCAGCAAGUAGCCUUAAUACAUUGUUAACCAAAAGCAGACACAUUAGAGGCUGUGCACUAACUUAACAAUCCAACUUCUGUUGCAUGUUGGUUGUCAAGUACAGAAAAGGGCAUAAGAUACGCAUUUCUACGUUUUAAAAGUUUUUGCAGGGUUAUGAACUCACCUGAUUUUGGUGAGGAUAGUGCUAGAUUGCAUGUAAAACCUUGUUAGUUUCCUGCCUUUUUAGUGAAAAUGGAUUUUUGAAUUUUAGAAGACCAAAAUAAGCAGUAUUGUACAGAAUACUGUUUUUGUGCUUCUUGCAAGAUGAAUCAUGUACAGAUCUUUAAAUGUAAUUUAUGUUUUAUUACAUUUUAUAUACCUUUUUCAUUUAAGUAUUUUGAACUUUGAAGAAAAGGCUUUGUAAUUUAAUCGUUUACAUUAUCCACUUGGGAUGCAGUUUUAUUGUAUUUUUUUUGGUUCAUUUUGUAAAAUAUAUAAGCAGGUCCAUACAUUUCAAGACUGUUUCUGUAAUACACACAUACACUGUAGUAUUGUAAUAGCUUACACACAGUAUAGUCAUAAAUUGUAAAUCCAACACGGAAUAUCCAAUAAAGUGAUGCAAAACUUUUGAUUGUUAUCUUUACAGCUCCUACAAAAGUUAUUUUAGUUACAACACUUUGUGAAAUGAAGUACACUGUAGAAGUGGAAAUGGCCAAAGUUCCUUAUGGUUACAGUUUUUUAUGAACUACUACUAUACUCAGUUUGGAUCUACUUACAAGGUGUGCAUCAUUGUAACCUACAGCCUAUGUCACUGCUUUACUGGUUUCUAGCUUUUCACCUGGACUUGGAAAUGCACUGGUAGGAAAAGAAUGAAAAAGCUCUAUUGCUUUUUGUUAAUGUAAGGUGGCUUUGGAUGCUAUUAAUAAAACAUUAUAAAUAUUUUGGAA